UUGACGUGCGAUUGGCUCACUGAAUUGGGCUGAAAAUUGAAAUACAUAAUGUAAAACAGUAAUACAAUAACCCUGAGGUUUGGAUUUAUUACAAACAAUAUUUAAAUAAUUUAUUGAUCAUACUUAGUAAGAUAUUAAAUAAUGUAUUAACGAUAUUUUUGAAGACGAUAGAAUUAACUUCGACCAUGGGGGACGGACAAGAUAUGGACUUUGAAAUGCUCAAAGCAUUGUACGAUUUUGAAGCAACAUUAGCGAAAACUUUAAGUUUUUGCGAAGGAGAAUAUUUUUAUUUGCAACAAACCAACACUAAACAGAGAAAUUGGUGGCACGUUAUAAAUAAAAAAGGCCAAGUGGGUUUUGUUCCUUCAAAUUACGUAGCUGAGGUCAAGGUUGACCCUGAGUACUUCCUGGGAUUUUUAAAUGAUUGCAUUAAAAGUUUGAGUGAAAAUCCAGCUAUGUCCCAAAAGCAAGAAAUAAUAGUUAGGUUAAAUGAAAAGAGGAAACAAGUUCAGUUCCUAGUUAAACCCCACAAAAAGCAGCAAGCUCCUAAGCUUCCACCUCGCUUGGAUGAUAACACACCUCCUAAUGGGGUGUCUCCAUGUUUCGACCUACGCCCUGUGGUUUCCCAGCAAUAUAUUAGUGAAGAAAAGGAGUCUCCAACAAAAUCUCUAAAUGACAGUCACUGUAAAGAUGAAGAAAAGAUGAAGGAUUCUAAGCCAACAUCUAAUCAAGUUUCAUCUGAUACUGAUAAUCAAGACGACAGUCAAGACAGUAGCGAAAGUAUUAAACCAAAUGCUAUAUAUGAAAUAGUGCAGGCUGUGAGAAGGGAGACCCAGCUAAGCCAUGAAAUGUCUCGAGUGGCUGUUGAAACUGUACUCAUAUCACUUCGGGAAUUUCUCCCUGGUGGAGCAGCUAGAUCUAUCAUUGAUGCACUUCUUAGAGAGGCAAAUAGCAACAUCACCUGUCCCAAGAAUGCAAUAGAUGCUGCACCUGAUGCAUUGAGGAUGAUGACAGCAUUGAACUCCUUGUCAAAGGCAGCCAAUGAUGCCCAGCAGAGAGGAUGGGCAUUACAUGAUGAUGCACAUGACAUUCAAACUCAGCUUUUGGAACUUAUAUCCGUAAUGUCAAAUGCGGAUGUAAAUAUUUCUCAGCAUGUGCUUAGCAGCCACCGUUAUGCAUAUGUGUCAACCCUGGUUCAGUAUUACCAAAUGGAGACCCGAUGGCCUUUACGGCAACUGCUGUUACAGGCCUUCGGUGUAAUGUGUGGGUUAGAGCGCACUGCUUUGGCGACGUUAGCCCUGUCCGCACUACCGGCGGAAAUAGCCCGCGACAUGCGUGACAACCCUCGCGCUGUCAGUCGCCUGUCACAUUCCGCUCUUCUGCUCUCUAUGGUCCUGUCUAUGGGGGAUACGCUGCCGAUCACACAUUUUGAUCAACUCGGCGUCGAAUUCGCUCAAUUUUUACUAGAAUUAAUAGAGAAUCCACCGGAAACGGACGUAGACGAGCAGAUACCGGAUCUCUUUCUCACUCUCCUCCUCGCGUACAAUCUGCAAUUUGAAAAUCCCUUCGAAAAUAUGUUGCUCAAUGCUCUGGAGACGAUCGACAAUGCAAAGACGUUUUGUGAGAAGAUCCUUCUGCUGCUCAAUCGUGAAGAGGAUCCGGUCCGUAUAUUCGAUCACGAGCCGGCGCCGCGUCACUCCGUACUGAAGCUGGCGAUAGACGUGUUCAGUCGCAAGAAGACCGCCGAACAUUUCUACACGAACGACGUGAAGGUGGCCAUCGACAUCAUCGUGCGACAAUUGGCAGACUUGUCGGCCGGAGAUACGCGUCGGGAACACUACCUGCGGAUUCUCCAGGGCAUAAUCCGCAAUACAGAAUAUAGCAGCCAUUUACACCGCAGAGACGACUUGCUCCGCUGCUUCGCCAGGAUCUUCUGCGAGGAAGGAGAGUGCAGCAGAGAAGACCAGGUCCUGGUGAGGGCCAUCUCUAACGAGUUUCCCCAGUUCUUUAAAGCCUAAGGUAGCCGGAAUCUAGCGCUUUUUAAAGUUUUCACGUGCUUCAACGGAGCCGACAACUUAUCCGGGUUUACUCGGACCGAGUAUACUCGCGGGUUUAUAUUGUUACUCGGAGAUUUGUUUUUUAAACUGACUUUAGAUGUGAGUGAAAUGUUGGAUUAUCUGCCGUUUUUGGUUGAAUUGAUCAGAGCAGUAAGCUUACACUGUAACCUUAAUGUGGAUAAAUUCUGGCCAAUUAUCAUAUUAUUAUAUAAAUAUCUCUAUUACAGUUAUGUGGUAGCCUUGCUGGGAUUCAAACUCGCUCGGUCCGAGUAAACGUGACGUCAUAGUGCCAAAAGAUUUGCCUAAAGAGUUUCGUUCAAGGCCUACAUUGCCAUAUUACGUAGUUAAGGUCGGGGUUCAGAACUUUAAUUUCACUUAAUCCUAAUAGUAGGUAAACAGUUUUGUUGGGUCAAUUUUACUUAAGGGAAAUUCGUGAAAGUAAUUUCUAAAAAAAUAUUUAAACUUACAACUUAUAUUACGGCCUAAAUUCUUUAAACGAAAUAUGUUUUUUGUAAUUGCCUAAUGAUCAAUCAAAUAACAAAUUCAGCUUGCGAUAUUCUGACCUCAAAAAGAAAUAUUACGUAUAUGCAUUAGCUUUUAUUACUACCUCUACUUAUUAUUUUUUUAAUAUUAAACAUAAUCGCAUCACUUUUUUAAGUUAUCAGCGUUUCGCGAGCAUAUUGUUAAUUAAAAGUGCAAAAACACAUAGUUCUAAUAGAAUUCGUAUUGUAAAUUACGAAAAAUCUCGAUUAAGCUGUCAAAAAGUGACAUAAGAGUCAGUUCUUCUGUCAUAUUUGCCCCCUCAUUACUUAUAUUGAGCCACGAAGACCAUCUGUUUUGACAAUUGACAUUUGCCAUUUUUUUCUUUUUCAGGCCAAUUUAUACAGUAGACAGUAGAACAAAUAAAUGGGUACGAUAUUUUUCUCGUAGUGUGGCCUAAAUUGAUAUUUUCGGAUUUCUAUAGUCAGUAUAUAGAUAGGUAAAUAAGAUAUUAAAUAAAAAUAUUUUAAAUAUCGUUUUGUGAAAGUAAAAUAUUGAAUCUAAAAAACAGGAAUGUUUUAUGUUCCCGGGAUGUGUUCGAAAAAUAGUGAGAGAUUUGAUGAAAUAUAUGAAUAAAUAUUGGCAAAUCGUAGAUAUUUUUUCUUCUAAAUCUUUGACUAACGUCUAGAUAAAUAUAUGAAUACUAUAAUAGAAUUUUCUAUAGAUAAGACGCAGUUUAUCUCGUAUAAACUGUUGAUUAUUAUAUUUAAUUUGUAGAUUUUCAUUGCCUUACUGUAAAUGUUUCUCGGGCUGUGUAAUUAAUAUAUUCCUCGAUAAGAAAAUACAAAAUUAUUAUAAAAUAUAGUGAGUGAUGUGGAAUUUAAGAUAAUGUUGAAUCUCUAAACUUUUAAACUGUGUAGUAAACUGUUGAAGCGGUUUAAUACGCGUUUAUUUAUUCAUUUAUUUUCCGAUAAAAUGUGACGUUAGUCGUUCUUUAGGGCGUCAUUUGGAGACAGCGCUACGGAUCGUAUGUCAAAUCAACACAGAAAGACUUCUGAAUGUUAGCCUUUUUGCGCAUAUGAUAGGCGCGUCUUAAACCGCAAAAAUUGUAUUUCUUUAAUCGUGUGAUAAAUAUUAUAAUAAAAUAAGUUUUAAUAGAAUAUUACAAAUUUGUUUGUUUGCGAGUAGCACAAAUUGCGGCAUUUAUCAUUACCACCGUUUUUAAUAUAUUUAAGAAUUUUAUCUAGUCUAUAAGUAAUUCUUGAUCAUUUUCUAUAGUCUAAACGAAUGUGCUUGCUUCCCCGUGUCAUACCAUCACCGUGCUGAAUAUUAACUUACCGAGUCUCUGCAAUAACUGAAGUGUAACCUCCAAAAUCCACUGACUUAACCCCGUCAUUAAAUACGAGAGAGUAUUUGCGUUUACCCGCAAUUUUACCCUGUAAAUGGCGAUACAAAAGAACUUAAUCGUUUAUAACUUCUGUCCAAUCCGAUCCGAUAGAGAAGAGUACGAUAAAUCCACAUCACAAAUGACGCGGUCUUUUACGUACGAGAGGUAGCGAGGCUGUGACUGACACGUUCAUAGCACGUUCGUAUGAGACGGUGAAGUGGACAGAGACAUCAUCGCGUUAUUAAAAAGCUUAUAAAGUGUUAUUGUCUAUAAGAAUCAGCUUGUUUUUGUAACAAGAAUGCGUUUCUCUCAAUUAUAUUGUUCUUUUGUAAAUCGAUAGUGUAUUUUUGCAAUGAAGCUAAUUUAUGCUUAUUAGAAAUAGAACUCAUAGUGGUAACGUGUGUUUGUCCCUCGAUGUUCGUAGUAUCUAAAACUGACAAUUUUGAGAUUUAUUUAAACAUUUCUCAACGUGAAAAUUGCUCUGUGGAUUAUUUUUUUAAUUAAACAGAUUGUAUUUUUGUCUCCUUCUGUCGAGGUGUUUAGACUGAGCAAAAUAACUGUAGAAAACGUUAUAACUUGGCUGUCUAAAAGAACUAAAUAUAUAAAUGAGACAUUAGCACGCAAUUUUUAAGUAAGGGUUUUUAGUAAGGAUAAAUUUCGGUCAUUUCUUAUAUAUAUCUUAAUACAGUAUAUGAACACAACAAUGAGUCCUAUUUCGCUACCACCUGAUACGUAUUAUGUGGGAAAUUGUAUUAACUGGUUUUAUUCUACAUUAUUAUAUUUUUGUGUAAAGAGUUGAUGUAUUCAUGAUACGAAAAAUAUUUAUUUUCUUGUUCAUUACCGACCAACAUUCAGGGUUUCAAAUUAAAAAUAUUUUCCGAUCAAAAUAGAGUAAUAGUUCAAAAUUAUGUGUAGAUAUAGCGAUCUCGAUAAAUCUUUAAGAAUCAUACGUUUACGUUAUGCAGACAUAAGUAUUGUAAUUCUUAUUGUUAUAUAUAUAUUAAUAAUAUUAAUAAUAUUUCAACUGGUAUUUCAGGUUUGUUAGUGAUCCUAAUUCUUAUGUACACCCAUAAUAUCUACAAUGAUUAAUCAAUCGAAUUGGAACUUUUUUAACUAAAGCACUCAACUGUCUCUCCAUUGUGAUGAAAAGACGUAACACGAAAACACAAUUUAAGAGAAAGAGACGAAAGUGCUUUACUUAGAAGAGCCGAUAUAAUUGAAAUAUUCUGUUGAAAAUAGAGAAUAUUUUGUUCUUAUUUUUAUAUCAGCUGAAUCAUAAGCAAUAUUUUUUGUAACCUUUGUCAUGUGAAAUGUUUGAAUUAACAGUGAGCUUAAAAUAUAGUCAUAUGUUUUUGAUUCAAUAAAUAAAUAAAACUUCAA